AUGGCCCGUUCGUCAGUUGUAGUUUCCUCGCUGCUUCUUGUGGCUGCAAUCGGUGCGGUCCGGUCUAUUCCGACCGGUUCGAACCGCAUUGUUGGUGGUGAGGUGGCAGAUGACACCCAAAUGCCAUAUCAGGUGGCGUUGUUCUACGAUGGACGGUUCCGCUGCGGAGGUUCGGUUGUUAGUGCGCGCCACGUUCUAACUGCGGCCCACUGUGUGGUGGAAAAUGGCCUGGUUCUCGAAGCCUCACUGUUCACCGUUCAUGUCGGCUCGGCAAAUCUCAACGUUGGAGGUCAUCGUCACCAGGUCCUGGAGGCUCAUCCACACGAGAAGUACGUUGCCGGCGGUCACGACAUUGCUAUGCUGGUGAUGGAAGACGUAUUCACUUUCGACGCAUAUACGCAACCGAUCGAGUUGAUGGAAGAUGAGGUACCGGUCGGUAGUGAGGUCGUGAUUUCCGGCUAUGGUCGCGUUGGUGAUGGUCUACCCACCUCGGAGGCCUUGCUGUAUAACACGAUGUACGUGGUAGAGGAUAUGUUCUGCAAGGCCAUGUCGGUAGUUUGGCGGUCCGGUCUGAUCUGCUUCGACAAGCCCGGCAGCAACGGAGCCUGUAACGGAGACUCCGGUGGCCCCGCGGUGUACGAUGGCAAGCUGGUCGGCGUGGCCAACUUUAUCCGAGAAAGCUGUGGCGGCGACUAUCCUGACGGUUACGCGAAGGUUUCGUUCUACGUCGACUGGAUUCGUCAGUUUCUGGAAUGAAGGUCCUCGAAUUGAGCGUUCAUUCAAUCAGAACCCAGUGAAAAUAUGAAAUUUUUACAAUCCACGAACAAUGUAUAUGUAGAUAUGAUCGUAAAUUGAUGAAAUUGGAAGAAAGUUUUUGAAAUUUAUACAAAUCUUAACAUAAUAUAGCGUACA